AUGUCUUCUUCUGAGCCUCCGUCGUACAACCCUGCUGAGCCAUGGGGCGGCAACAGCGAGGGAGCCGCUGAGGACGUCAACGCCCAGUACUCGGGCUUCGAGUUCCAUUAUGUCUACCUCAUCAUCUGUGCCUUCAUCGUCUGGCUGAUCAUCCCUGGCAUCGGCCUUUUGUAUGGAGGUCUCGCGCGCCGCAAGAGCAGUCUCAGUCUCCUCUUCCAAAGCUUCAUGACAACCGCGGUUGUCACCUUCACAUGGAUGUUCUGGGGGUACUCGCUCGCCUAUGCCCGCGAUGCCAGCCCCUUCAUCGGCACCCUGACCAACUUCGGCAUGAUGAAGGUACAAGCCGCACCGAGUCCUGGUUCUGCCUAUAUCCCAGAGAUCGUCUUCUGCCUCUACCAGCUCAUGUUCGCGGCCGUUACGGUGCAGAUCUUGAUCGGCGGCGCGUUUGAGCGUGGUCGGAUCGUACCGUCGUUGGUGUUCGCGUUCCUGUGGACGACAAUCGUGUACUGCCCAGUGGCAUGCUGGACUUGGAACGCCAAUGGAUGGUUGUUUAACCUGCCGUCGCUUGACUAUGCUGGAGGGGGACCUGUGCAUAUUGCCAGCGGCUGCUCUGCCUUGGCGUACGCGCUUGUUCUCGGAAAGAGGAAACACAGGGGCGACGAAGGUCAUGGCAAGCCUCACAACACGACGCUGGUUUUCUUGGGAACGGUCCUCAUCUGGUUCGGAUGGUUCGGGUUCAACGGCGGUUCGACGCUCAACGCCACGGUCCGUGGUAUGUAUGCCGCCUUCAACACCAACACUGCCGCCUGCUGCGGAGCAAUCGGCUGGGUCUUGGUCGACUUCAUCCGCACCAAGGGUCGCUUUAGCGUUGUUGGCAUGUGUGAGGGAGUGAUUGCUGGGCUUGUCGGCAUCACCCCUGCCGCGGGUUACGUUUCUUGCUGGCCGGCUGCGCUUAUCGGCUUCCUCACCGCUGUCGUAUGUGCCUUGCUUCAAAAUCUCAACAAGUGGAUCCGCAUCGACGAAGGCCUCUACGUCUUCAAGCUUCACGGCAUUGGCGGUAUUGUCGGAUCCUUCCUCACCGGUAUUUUUGCCGACUCAGCCAUCUCAGCACUCGAUGGCUCUACCCUUGCACCAGGAGCCUGGAACGGCAACGGCGUCCAAGUUGCCAGACAGCUUGCCGACAUUGCCGCCAUCAGCGCCUACAGCUUCGUCGUCAGUUUUAUCCUGCUGUUCGCCUUAAAGUAUAUUCCUGGCAUGCAUCUGCGUGUUAGCGAGGAGGCUGAGAUGAAGGGGCUUGACAUCGAUCAGUUCUUUGAUGAGCAGAUUGGCGAUUGGAGCUUCUUCCAGGACCUUGACAAUGAGAGCCACCAUAUGCGUGGUAUGACGCAGGAUGGUAUGCCUAUGAGCAAGGUGCCUAGCUCAGACAGAAGUGGAAAUGGUGAGACUAAGCAGUAA